GCUCCUCUGGCCUGGUGUCCCCUUGAGCUGCUCCGAGGGUCACAGCCACCCUUAAGGACCUUGCGCAAGAAGCUCCGUGAGAGGUACUUGCAGGGGCUGUGGCCGGCCCAACCACGCAUUUAAUCUGAGAUCAUCUGGAACAAACAGCAUCAUUCCCGUCCCCUCAGACCCUGAGGUAAAUGUGAACAGCAAUGGGAAAGAUUGACACCACGUCUGUGGAGCUGAAUUCGCCCUCUGAGGUGAAGCAAGCAGCCAUUGAGGAAUCUGAGCCAAUUGCCCAAGGAGAUGGGAGCACCACGAAGAAGAAGGAACUCCCAGAUAGAGGUUCUUGGAAGGGAAAAUUCGAUUUCCUGCUGUCGUGCGUGGGCUACGCCAUUGGACUGGGCAAUGUCUGGCGGUUCCCAUAUCUCUGUGGCAAGAAUGGAGGAGGGGCCUUCUUGAUUCCUUAUUUUCUGACCCUGGUGUUUGCUGGGAUUCCUCUUUUCCUGCUGGAGACAGCUCUUGGCCAGUAUACCUCUGUUGGCGGAUUGGGGGUCUGGAAAUUAGCACCCAUGUUCAAAGGAGUGGGUCUGGCGGCUGUAGUUCUCUCAUUCUGGCUAAAUAUCUAUUACAUUGUCAUCAUUGCCUGGGCACUAUAUUAUCUCUUCAACUCUUUCACUGCGGAUCUGCCAUGGCAAAGCUGUGGCAAUGCCUGGAACACAGAGAGAUGCUUCUCCAACUACUCCCUCAAUGAUACCACCAACCUGACCAGUGCUGUGACUGAGUUUUGGGAGAGGAACAUGCAUCAACUUUCUGGUGGCCUGGGGGAGCCAGGUAACAUUCGCUGGCCCCUAGCAGGCACGCUCGCGUUAGCUUGGGUUCUGGUCUAUUUCUCCAUCUGGAAGGGAGUAGAGUGGACUGGAAAGGUUGUGUAUUUCUCAGCCACCUACCCUUACUUCAUGUUAAUUAUUCUUUUCUUCCGUGGAGUCACUCUGCCAGGAGCCAAGGAUGGAAUUCUCUUUUAUAUCACACCAGACUUCAGCAAACUCUCUAAGUCUGAGGUCUGGAUGGAUGCAGCCACACAGAUCUUUUUCUCCUAUGGACUGGGGCUGGGCUCUCUGAUUGCCCUGGGAAGCUAUAACUCCUUCCAUAACAACGUCUACAAAGACUCAAUCAUUGUCUGCUGUAUAAAUUCCACCACCAGCAUAUUUGCAGGAUUUGUCAUAUUCUCCAUUGUUGGCUUCAUGGGCCACAUCACCAAGAAGUCUGUGUCUGAGCUGGCAUCUUCAGGUCCAGGACUGGCUUUCCUCGCCUACCCACAGGUGGUUACACAGCUGCCUAUGUCUCCUCUCUGGUCGAUUCUUUUCUUCUCCAUGUUAAUGAUGUUAGGCCUCGACAGCCAGUUCUGCACUGUGGAGGGGUUUGUCACAGCUCUGAUAGAUGAGUAUCCCUAUCUCCUGCGGGCCAGGAAGAAGCUCUUCAUUGCGGUGGUCUGUUUCAUCUCCUAUCUUGUUGGAUUCUCCAACAUCACCCAGGGUGGCAUUUAUGUAUUCAAGCUGUUUGAUUAUUAUUCAGCCAGUGGCAUGUGUCUUCUCUUCCUUGUCUUCUUUGAGACCAUCUCCAUUUCCUGGUGUUACGGUGUGAACAGAUUUUACAUGAACAUUGAAGAGAUGAUUGGCUACAAACCUUGCGGCUGGUGGAAGCUCUGCUGGGCCUUCUUCACUCCCCUCAUCUGUGUGGGUGUCUUCUUCUUCAGUGUGGUUGAAAUGACCCCUCUGACUCUGGGGAAAUACGUCUAUCCCACAUGGGGGCAAGGCAUCGGCUGGCUCAUGGCUCUGUCUUCCAUGGUGCUGAUUCCAGGCUAUAUGCUGUACUGCUUCUUCAUUUCAAAGGGGACCAUCAGGCAGCGUUUUCAGCAGAUGACUCAGCCCACUCAAGAAGUGAACAUUCAGAACAAUGGACUAAAACCGAAGGCCUCACUGAAUGGGAGAGUCUCUGAUGCUGCUGUCUAGGCAGAAGGCAGAAUCUCUUCUCCCUUCUCGGUAGCUGCUCCUGCCAGUGUCCUUUGAUCUCCCUUGUGUGUCCCCAGCUCCGCUGUUGGUUUCGGUCAACGUGGGAAGGAUCUAACAGGGAAAAGCAUGUCUCUGGCCCCUCAACCCAGCUGAUCAAGACUGUGUUAAACUCCAUAAAGACAAUGUGCAGCGACUGUCUUUGUAAUUGAUGAUCCCAGUCAAUACUGCCAGAAAGGAAUGUCACAGGAUCUAGUCUUCUGCUGAUCAGGGAUGGUAUUUUCUAUAGUACAAUAACUUCUCCUUUUUCGUUGUGUUCUUCAUCCUUGCUUUUCUACUGAAGUGUACCACACACCUUCUAAUGAACAGCAAGGCUGUGGCAACAUAAAACCAGCUAUAUUUUGGUUAUGGAUUCAAAUUCAAGAUGAUUAUCAAUUAAUAGAGCAUAAAACACCUUUAACGAGUAGAUAGUUCUAAGUGCUUUACAACGGACACAUGAAACAGGAAUACAGAAUAUGUGUGGCUACAGCAUACCCCUUAGAAAUCAGGACAGGCAUUAGUGCUACUGGACUUGCUGUCCUUCAGCCACGAACAUAAUUUGGUUACGGAUACAGUUAUGGUUAUGAGUAUUACCAGUCAUUUAUACAGAACCAUCAGUAUAAGAUUCCUUUAUACUGGUGGAGAAGAUGUCCUUUAUAAUGUGGACAUGCUCCAGCCAGGCACACCCAGGGAUGAUAUGUGGUGUCUUAUGGUACUUUAUAUACCAUACCCACUAUCUGCUCCAUUAUGGUAUCAAGGGAGUGCAUGUUGCUGGAGGUGUUACCCUUCGUCCUCACUGAGGCAUACUCUACCAGCAUCUCAGCAUCGACCCUGGCAAGUCUUAUCCUGUAGCAUACCAGCAUGGCACAGGGAGGCAGGGUGGCGUUGUAGAUGACGUUGGAGUUGAGGUGGUCGCAGCCUUCUGCUCUACCACUGGAUCUGUUCCACCCAGCAUUCUUCCCAGGGUUUUGCUCAUACUAUUCACCGUCUACUAGUGGAAUGGCCCCGUAUCACAGAAUAAUAAAAUCACAGGACUGG